CUAUAACAUAUACGGGAUACGCUUGAUCUCAAACCAAGCAAACCCCUCCAUUAAACCCCGCCCAUUCAGCCGCCAACAGCCUGCUGCUGCCGGUGAGCAGCAGAGAUGACUAGCCUUUAGCUUCUGACCGUUUGGGACGUCGGGAACGAGGCCUGUCCUACAGUCCCGGUAAACAUUCAACUGUCCGACCACUUGUAAAGCUGGAGGACAGAAUUUAACUCCAGGAUGUGCUCCGUCGUCGGAUGUGACUCAUGGCGUCGCAGUGCACACCGGUUCAAGUUACCGGAGGAUCCGGAGAGGAGACUGGAGUGGGUUCAGUUCAUUUUAGAAGCCAACGGGCAACGACUUAAAGAAUCGUCCUGGACUGAUAUCACCAUUUGUAAAGAACACUUUACUGAUGACUGUUUUGUAAAACGGACUCCGGCUUCCACCGUCCAGCUGCAGUCCAACGCUGCCCCGUCAGUGUGCGUCAACACAGAGCCAGACGAACCUCUGGAGAGCCCACAAUAUGUGGACCCUGAAAAAACUGCUUCUCAAUGUGAUCAACUCAGACCAUGUGACCGUCCAUCUUCCUAUUCUGAAGAAUCAACUGCUGCCCAAGAAAGCCCAGCGCUAAGUGUUGCUUCAGAGGCUUUCAUGUCCGAUUAUGGUCAGAUGCUACAAAACAUUGUAAACAUUGAUAUGAUCAGGAAAAAAGCGGCACUUCUGCAGAUGAAAGGGAAGUACGUUGUGCAUGAAAAACGUCUCCUCCAGUUGUUCAGCCACAAGUGCCCGUCAUGUGGCGCUGAAGUAAAGACCGAGAAGGUCACCUAUGGGGUGCUGAUCAUCUUGAACCAACAAUGCCUUCAGUGUGACUACAGAUACCAAUGGAAAAGCCAAGUCAAUGCCAGAGUCCCCGCAGCUGGAGAUCAACAACUGACAGAAGUAGUAAACGUAGACGCAAAUCCAGAGAGUCAACAGAUCGUUUUAACAGAUAACUGUAGCACUGAGGAGAGUGAUCCCAUGGAUGAAACGGAGGAAUCAGGUGAUGAAGGUAGCAUUGAUUCAGACGAGGAUUGGAAUCCAGUAGAGGAGCAUUUUCUGACGAACGAGCUUUUUGAAGAAUCUGAGGAGGAAACCGAAGACGAAGAGGAAGAAGAUGGUGUCUCUCCUCCACUUGCCCUUAAACAUAGUCAACUCUGCACAGAGUGUGGAACGUUUUUUAAUAAACAGAAGCAUCACACAUGUGAGCACAAAAUUAAACCCUAUCCUUGCAAUAUUUGUGGGAAAAGAUGUGUUAGUGAAGUCGCGCUAAAUACUCACAGCAGAAUCCACGAUGAAAACUACGAACAUCGAUGCAAAUACUGCCACGUUACAUUCAAAACAAAGAUGGAUAAAAUCACUCACCAGCAGAUCCACUUCACUGAAGGGAAACCCUACAAAUGUCCCGACUGUCCAGAGAUAUUUGCCACAAAUAAGGAACGCAGAAUCCACCUGGAGGAUCACAGAGGCCCCCGGCAGUUAAAAUGCCAAAUCUGUGCGAUUGACUUUACCCAUAUCACUUCUCUUCGGAGACACUUAGCUGUGCACACAGGAGAGAAGCCGUAUAAGUGUUUAGUGUGCCAACGUGGCUUCAGCCAGGCAGGCCACCUGAAGUCCCACAUGCGUCUGCACACAGGCGAACAGCCUUUCAAGUGUCGGCACUGUGACAAAAGCUUCAAUCACAAUGUGAGUUUGAAGAGUCACGUCCAGCGUGUCCACUCAUCGAGCUCUGGACGGGAACGAAAGAAGGGUAAAAAAAGGAAAAGUGUAAUCGACACUUGUGAUGCUCAGGAGAAUGGGAACAAGAGGGGCACAGACUCUGGGCUUGACAAUGUAGAGAAAGAACAUGAUGAAGAAGAGGAGGUGCAGAAGGAGGAAACAUAUGUGCCAAAACAUAAAAAGAGGAGCACAGGUAGACCCAUAGGAAGGCCGAAGAGAAAUGAAGCAGAGGAAAUGAAAGGCCAGAGUUCAAACACUAAGACUGCCAAAGUUAAAGUGCGGAAGUUAAAGAGAACGCAAUGUAAUGUGACGCAAGAAAGUGAGGACGAGCCGUCAGAAAGCAACAUGUCCUUUGACGCUACAGAGGAAGAGGAGAAUAGAAAGAAAGUGACAUCCAGCACAACCAGAGCAAGAGGAAGGGCAAAACAUUCUGACGGUGACUCUGAAUUUGAGCCAGAAGAAAGGAAGAAAAAGACUUGCAGCAGACAGAACAGUGGGACAAGUUCAAGGAAGCUGAGAGCAAGGCGAGGAAAGAACUGCUGGAGGACAGAACUUAACUCCAGGAUGUGCUCCGUUGUCGGAUGUGACUCAUGGCGUCGCAGUGCACACCGGUUCAAGUUACCGGAGGAUCCGGAGAGGAGACUGGAGUGGGUUCAGUUUCUCUUCGAAGUCAACGGGCAACGACUUAAAGAAACGUCCUGGACUGAUAUCACCAUUUGUAAUGAACACUUUACUGAUGAUUGUUUUGAAAACCUGACUCCGGCGACAGGCAUGGUCUGGGUCCAGCUAAAGCCCAACGCUGCCCCAUCAGUGUGUGUCAAGUCAGAGCCAGACGAACCUCUGGAGAGCCCACAGUAUGUGAAUCCUGUGGAAACCACAGAUGCUGCUUGUCAGUGUGGUGACCUUAAUGGUCCAGUUUCGUCUGAAAAGUCAAGACAUACUUUAACAGAUUCCCAAGCAAGUCCUGUGUCAAGUUCCCCUGAUGCUUCGAAUGCUGUCACUUCUGGGUCCACCCAGAUGCAACAAAUAGUCAUGAGUAUUGACCCGAACGAGGAAAAAGCUUCACUUCUACAGAUGAAAGGAAAGCAUAUUGUGAAUGAAAGCUGCCUCUUCCAGUUGUUCCGCCGCAAGUGCCCAUCGUGUGGAUGUAAACUUCAGAUGGAGAAGGUCACCCAUGGGGUGCUCAUCAUCUUGAACCAACAGUGCCUUCAGUGUGACUACAGAUACCAAUGGAAAAGCCAAGUCAAUGCCAGAGUCUCCGCAGCUGAAGAUCAACACCUGACAGAAGUAGUAGACGUAACUCCAGAGACCCAACAGGAAAUGCCAACAGACGACAACCCCAGCAGCACAGUUCUCUCUGAGAUUGUUACUUUGAGCGUCGAAGAAAGUGAUCUGUCAGACGAAGGAGAGGAAGGCGAUGAAGGUGGGGUGAGUUCAGAUGGGGAAUGGAAUCCAACUGAGGAUGUUUUGUUUGCUGAAGAGCUCACAAAGGAGUCUGAAGAGGAAACCGAAGAUGAAAGCGUAGAGGAGGAAGAUUUUGAUUCCUCUGGUGGCCUCAAAAUUAAUGAGCUCUGCACAGAGUGUGGAAGUUUCUUCACCAUUCUGAAGCCUCACACAUGUGAGCACAAAAUAAAGCCCUAUUCCUGCAAUAUAUGUGGCAAAAGAUGUGUUACCGAGACAUCUCUGAAAACUCACAGCAGAAUCCACGAUGAAACCUACGACCAUCCUUGUAAAUACUGCCACGUUACCUUCAAAACGAGGGUGGACAAACUUAGACACGAGCAGUCCCAUCAAGAUAGCAAAGAUCCCUAUAAAUGUCCUGACUGUCCAGAGUCAUUUUCCACCAAUAACAAACGCAGACUCCACUUGGCAAAUCACAGAACUUCAAAGGAGUACAAAUGUGGAGUUUGUGGGAUUGAAUUUAAGGAUGUACAUCAUCUUCGGAGACACUCUGUUGUGCACACAGGAUUAAAGCCGUACAAGUGUUCAGUGUGCCAACGUGGCUUCAACCAGACGAGCCACCUGAAGUCCCACAUGCGCCUGCACACAGGGGAGAGGCCUUUCAAGUGUCGGCACUGCGACAAAAGCUUCAAUCACAACGUGAGCUUGAAGAGUCAUUAUCAGCGUUACCACUCAUCGAGCUCUGGACGGGAACGAAAGAAGGGUAAGAUAGAUAAAAGGGUGAGCGACUCUGGCGGCGCUGAGGACGGUGGGAAUAAAAAAGGCACAGACUCUGAGUUUGACAAUGUGGAAGAAGAACGAGAUACAAAAGAGGAGGUGCGGAAGGAGACAAAAGAUGUGCGAAAAAAUAGAAAGAGGAACACAGGUAGACCUAAAGGAAGGCCGAAGAGAAAAGCAGCGGGCAGCUUGGUCCUGGCUGGGGGGGGGAAAGGCAAGCGUUCAAACACUAAGACUGCAACAUCUAAGGUGAAGAAAACAGGUUCCAGCGAUGAGGAAAGUGAGGAUGAGCAAUCAGAGAGUGACUUAUCCUUUGACUCAGCAGAAGAGGAAGAAGAAGAAGAAGAAGAAGAAGAAGAAGAAGAGGAGAAGGAGACAGGGAGGAAGAGCCGGGGGAGAUCAAGAGGAAGACCAGAACAUGACAGUGACACUGAUUUUGAUCCAGAAGAAGAAACAAAGAAAAAGAGGUACAGCGGUAAGAGCUCCGGGAAACAUAAGGGAAGACAAAAGAAGAAUCUAGCAGACUGAACGUGCUUAAAACACACAGAUCUGAAGAAUUCAUUUGGUGUGAGCAAUUGUGAAAAGAAAGAAGCCAAAGAAACCUAGAUUAAUAUAUUUUGAGUAGAUAUUUUAAGACAAUUUGGAAUAUAAAUACAAAACAUCCACAUGGACCACCGUCUUUUACUGUGCAGUAAUGGAGUCAGUCAGUAAGUCACAAGAGUCCUUCAAUAUUGAGUAGUGGGUGCAUUAUAAAAUAAACGCUAUCAGUGCAGGCUACGGUAAUUACAAAUUACCUGUGGAAGAUUUUGGUCACCAAAAAAGGAAAAACGGGUAUCACUGUUAACUCUGUAUUAUAUUCAUGUAUUGUAAUAAUGUAGGCUAAGUUUCCAGCUCAAAUAAACAUGUUUAUGCUGGAGUCAGGGCACCGUGGCACCGCCAGUCUCUUAUCUUUUCUCAUUCAAUAUAAAGCUGCAUAAUUAUGUCACUUAGGGAUGUACAGUCUUUAGGGGAAUCUAGAAGUAUUCAGAUAUCAUUUUAUUGUUUUUAAUUGUCAUUGUUUUGUUUUAUAAAACAACAAUCCACAAUUUUACCAGUUGGCUAAUACAUCAGACUCCAUCACUGAUAAUGUUCAAACUUAUAGACACAUGUAACAGUUGAGUAUUUCCACCUGAUUGUAAUUUCCUUUCUAAGUGUUGAAAUGUUAAUUACCUGCUUAAGCUUGAAUGAUGAGCAGUGGGGUGAAAAAAAAUAUGUUUAAAGGACCAGUGCCAGGGUUCUGUAUUGUUUAGCCUAUUAGCUACAAAUGGAUAUUGUUUACAUUGUCGCUGCCUAUUUUGGGUUGAUUUGCUACUUCCCGGCUGGAAAUUGGUUUCAGUUUUAUUAAAAACGCUGCACAAAUCAGCUUGUUGAAGCUUGAAACUAAUUAAUAAUUGCACAUUUUUACAAAAUGUCAAAAUAAAUGUGCCCAACUGCCAUUUUGAGAGUCUGUCAUCUCUGUGUGUUAUCUUAUGAAGUGUGGUUAAGAAAGAUUAGGUUAUUCACAGUUCUACUUAAAAACAAACUACCUUUGCCAACUCCAAUGGAGCUCUAUCUCGCCAAAGAUACCAAACAACGAUUGAAAAGUUGACUUGUUGCAGUACCUUGCAAUUCUUGAAUUUAAAUGUAUGAGUUUAUGUGCUUUCAGAAUUCCCAGUAUGAUACAAAACCCUGAAUGAAUC